GCGAGCCGCCCCGCUUGCGACGCUCCCAAACGGGCGUGUGAGCUCCGCUGUUGUGCCUUUCUGUCCCUUCUCGGGAACCGUAGCGGCCCGAGCGGCGAUGUUUGCGGAGCUGAGCGAGUUGCUGGGGGACUCCGUCGAGCGGCCGCAGCAGGGCAAGCUGACCUUGCUGGGUGCCACCAAGACAGAUGCCAGCUUCCUGGUUCACCAUUUCCUCUCCUUUUAUUUAAAAGCUGGGUGCAAAGUCUGCUUCGUGGCUUUUCUGCAGUCUUUCAGUCACUACAACAUUGUGGCCCAAAAGCUGGGACUUGGACUGACGACAGCCAAAGAACGGGGGCAGCUCGUGUUCUUAGAAGGCCUGAAAGUUGCACGUGAUGUCCUGUUUAGCAAGCGGCAAGAGUCGGCCGAGCCCCAUCCUUUCCAGUUCAUCAGCGGAGAUGGCUCCAACCUGAGAGGACUGCAUGACUUUGUUCGGACAGCCCUAAGCCCGGCUGUGGGUGGGGACUCGUGGAAGUGCCCUGUGCUUAUUGUGGAUGACCUCAGUGUCUUGCUGAGCCUGGGGGUGAAGCCGACUGAUGUGCUGGAUUUCGUCCACUAUUGCAGGGUCACAGUGAACUCUCUGCUUAAGGGCAAUGCGGUGGUGAUGGUGCGUGGCAGUGAUGAUUCAGAGGAUGAGGAGAAUGAGCUGCUUGCGAAAGCCCUCCGUUACCAGAGCAGCCGGAUCCUGUGGGCUGAAGGGCUGGCGACUGGCUUCUGUAAGGACGUUCAUGGGCAGUUAACGAUUGUCUGUCGCAGCUCGUGGGAGGAGAAGGCCGAGAGGGAACUCCAGCAAGUUUACCAGUACAAAAUCCAGGACAGGAACGUCAGCUUUUUUGCCAGGGGGAUGUCAGUGGCUGUGCUGUGAGCUGGGGGCGGGCAGAGUGGAGAGAGGCCAGAAUGCUCGCAAAGGAACCGGGAGACGGAGCAAAGGACAUUGCAGAAGAGACUGGGGAGGGUGGAAGGUGGUGGGUUCCGGAACUCCACAAGAGCCCCCCCGUGUCUCCCUUCGUCCUCUAUCAUCUCCUGGACAACUUGGUGGGCAAGUGAAAGAAAGAAAGACAGAAAAGACAAGACUCUUGUCAUCCCUC